CUAACGUUACACGGGAUCAUUGAAUUCAGCACUUUUUUGGAGAGGGAUGGGUGUGUGCAUUAUUAUUUAUCUCAUGGACUGAGUAGGGGGACGUACAGCGUCAGGUUUACCUCUAAAGCUAAAUGUAAAGUUGAAAGGCAAAGCCGCAGGAGAAAGGGGUGUAUCCACCCGGAGGCAGAAGAAGAGGAUGAGGAGGCUUGUUGCCUCGGUCCCUGUUGACAUCUGACUGGAAACGGCCACUGUUCUACUUUACUGCAGUAAGGUAGAGCAGCUCCACUCUGCCUGGGAAGCAGUGACAGACGGACGGAUAGACUGCCCUGUAAAGUGUUCUCCUUUUCAUGGAUGCCAGGGUGGCCCUACUGCAUUUAUGGACAGUCCGUGUCCUCCUGAUAGCAGUGCUGAAGUGGACUGACGCAGCAGAGGUCUACACCAACGCUUGGGCUGUCCAGAUCAAUGGGGGGCCUGAGGAGGCUGACCGCAUCGCCAGGGAACAUGGUUUCAUCAACCACGGAAAUGUUUUUGGAGAUUAUUAUCACUUCAGGCAUCACGCCGUGGAGAAGAGGGCUUUGUCUGGCCACAGGAGGAUACACAUCAGACUGCAAAACGAACCACAGGUGUUAUGGGCAGAACAGCAAGUGGUGAAGAAACGGAAGAAGAGGGAUGUCUAUGAAGACCCAACAGACCCAGAUUUCCCCAAGCAGUGGUACCUGUCCACACCAACCCAUCAGGACCUGAACACCAAAUUAGCCUGGGCUCAGGGCUACACAGGAAGAGGCAUAGUGGUGACCAUCCUAGACGAUGGCAUUGAGAAAGACCAUCCUGACCUCAUCAUCAAUUAUGACCCUGAGGCCAGCUAUGAUGUUAAUGACGGAGACGCUGACCCCCAGCCAAGAUACACACAGCGUAAUGAGAACAGACAUGGAACUCGAUGUGCAGGAGAAGUUGCAGCUGCAGCCAACAACGGUGUGUGCGGUGUUGGGGUGGCCUAUAACGCUAAAAUUGGAGGAGUUCGUAUGUUGGAUGGGGAGGUGACAGACGUGGUGGAGGCCCACUCUCUCAGCCUCAAUCCUCAGCAUAUCCACAUUUACAGUGCCAGCUGGGGCCCAGAAGACGACGGCAAGUCGCUUGACGGCCCUGCCAAGCUGGCCAAGGAGGCUUUCCUGCAGGGAAUCACCAAGGGACGCGGCGGACUAGGCUCUAUUUUCGUGUGGGCCUCAGGAAAUGGUGGAAGGGAGCAGGACAGCUGUAACUGUGAUGGCUACACCAACAGCAUUUACACCCUGUCCAUCAGCAGCACCACGCAGUCCGGCAACGUGCCCUGGUACAGUGAGCCCUGCUCCUCCACCCUCGCUACCACCUUCAGCUCUGGAAACCCGGGGGAGAAGCAGAUAGUGACCACAGACCUGAGGCAAAAAUGCACAGACUCUCACACAGGGACGUCCGCUUCGGCCCCGCUGGCUGCUGGGAUCAUCGCUCUGGCUCUGGAGGCUAAUAUGAACCUGACCUGGAGGGACAUGCAGCACUUGGUGGUGAGAAUGUCACAGCCUAGACACCUCAGCGCCGGAGACUGGAAGACCAAUGGAGUGGGACGCAGAGUGAGUCAUUCAUAUGGUUAUGGGCUCCUGGAUGCAGGUGCUAUGGUGGCUCUAGCCCAGAAUUGGACUACAGUGAGGCCACAGCGACAGUGUGUUCACACCAUGCUGGCAGAACCGAGAGACAUCGGGAACAAGCUGGUAUUCAGCAAGAGCGUGGACGCCUGCUGGGGACGACCGGAGUAUGUCAGCUCCCUGGAACACGUUCAGGCUCGCCUCACUCUCUCCCACAAUCAGAGAGGAAAAUUGGCCGUUCAUCUCAUCAGUCCACUGGGCACACAUUCCACCCUGCUGUUCCCCAGGCCAAAUGACUUCUCCUCGGAGGGAUUCAACGACUGGGCUUUUAUGACCACCCACUCAUGGGAUGAGGAUCCUCAAGGGGAAUGGACCCUGGAAAUAGAGAACGUCGCAGCUAAUGGACGUGACUAUGGUGUGUUGAGUCAGUUCACUCUUACCUUGUGGGGUACCGGACCCAGUGUUGUUAACCCCUCAUCAUCUGACUUCCCUCGGCCGUCCAACAACAGCUGCAAGACCUUUGAUGCCCAGCAGAUCUGUAUCGAGUGCAGCUCCGGCUUCUCCCUCUUCCUCCAGGGUUGUGUCAAGUUGUGUCCACCUGGCUUCACCUCUGGGCCGCAGCUCCUCAAUCUUUCCCUGGAGAACUGGGUGGACUUGUCCUCAGUCCAAGCCUGCCUGCCCUGUAACCCCGCGUGCCUCACCUGCUCUGGCACUGGGCCUACAGACUGCCUGUCCUGCCCACCUCACAGCCACCUGGUCCUUACCUCCUGCCUACACCAGAACCAGGUCCAGCGCAAAUCCCCUCUACCUGGAGGACUCCAGGGUGAUGGAGCUGAGCCAGGGGGGGGGAUCCCAGCAGCAGCAGACAACGGCGGAGAAGAUGAGGAACCUCCAGGGUUCAGCGUAGUUCAGUCCACUCAGCUGCCUACCAUUGUGGCCGUGCUCUGCUGUGCCUUCAUCCUCGCUGCCUUCGUCGGGGUCUUCCUCUUGCUGCAGAUGCGCUCAGGUGGCACCUCUUUGGGCUGGAGGACCAAACUGCCCUCUGUGUAUUCAGAGACGAGGGGGGUACGGGUGGGCUUUGGUUUUGGCUUUGGCCAAGGACAGGAGAGGAAGGCACGGAUUUCCUACAAGGGGAUCCCCACUGUGUGGGGCGAUGAGGACAUGAUCACCUACGAGUCUGAAUCAGACAGCGAGGAAGUGGACGGUCAGUGCGAGAGGACAGCUUUUAUCAAGACGCAGAGCUCGAUCUAGCUGAAGCCUGCGUCUGCUGCAACGGUGUCUGACAUCCUGGAUCCCGUCAGCAUUUUAGACCUGACUGUACGGAGAUGACACAUGAAGAAGAAUCACACAUGCGCUGAAAAAAAACAAAAAAACAAAACACAGGCCUUACCGUCCCAUCAGCACACCAUCCAAAUGCAUUAAAUACAGUCCGUUGUUUGUUUUGUCAUGUAUUUAUUUACAUUUGUUAACUUAUCUUAUUUGAUUAAUACUUUCCAGAUGUAUUUAUCAUGCAAUCAACACUAUCACCAAUUUAAGGUGUUAUGCAACUAUCUCACUUUUUGUUUUAGCACCUAUUUGAUCAUUUUUCCACCAAUCUGUCAAACAAGUAGAGUGCAUUGCUUGACCAAAUAUACAUCUAAUUUGGCCCCAAAAUAGACCAUUUGUAGCAAUUUGGCACUGCGACUCCUGGCAGAUUUCAGUUGGAGUAAAGUCGACAAGUUUUUCAUUAAUAGUAAGAAACCUUUUAAAUUGGGGAAUGUCUACAGCAUACUGGGAUGGUCUAAUAAAACAUCCUGCUGGCUGUUUGAUAAGAAAUCUGCGGAGGAUGUUUUCCAUCAUGGCACAGUGGGGAUUGUCAGUACAGCACAGACACAAAAGAUGUAUCAGUCACAAAAUCUUAUUGACUUGUAGUGGAGUAACUCCGUUUUUUGAAUGAAUAAAAAAACACUUAGCCUAAAGCAGCUUGGCUGACCUUUACAACAUAUUUCUACGUGGUUGCAGCUGGUAAGAAAUAAGAUCAUUUUCUCUUCAUUUUCCCCACAGAGCACAUAUUGAUUUUGGGGCUUCUCUCCCAGAACAUCUUCAUCAGGGUAAAGCUCUUUCCCUUUCUAUUAUGAGCAUUGUACAUUUCAAAUACAGGCUUUAUUCCCCGUCCAGAACAGCGUAGACUUUUCGCAUCACGAAUUGAAUCAAAGCCUUUGCAGGCCAGAAUGAUAAAAAAUGAAGAGAUCUUGUAUUGCAUUUUUCUAUGUUUGUUUUAUAUCCUUUUUUAUUUAACUGACAAUGGGUGUUAAUAUUGUGUGAGAUCUGUUUCAUGCUGGAAUAAAAACGACUUUGGCUGUUGCGUAGACAGGCUGUUUGUGUCUCUACUGGCAGAUUUUAAAACUUCUAAAGGGUUUUACACAUCUCAAAUUCAGCCCUUGACACACAAACAC